UAUGGCGUUGAGCGAAGUUAUAUUUCGAGUGCCGUUUCUUGUCCUUUUAGAGUGGUUCCUUUGCGUGGAUAUCACAAAUUACAACGACUGGACGCCUUAUGCAAGAUUAAUGCAGCUAUUGGGAAUUGUGUUGUGUUUGGUACUGUCCCUUCUUGGCCGGGAUGAACUCAUCAAUUUCUACAGCCACUCUCUUUUCAUCACAGUGGUGACAUUAAUGCUGUACUUGAAUGCAUACAAUAGUUUGAAUCUGUGCAAUGCUCUGGAGGAACAAGGUCUCUCAAAAUUAAUUACAGAGGAUGGUGCAGUAUUACUGCUGUUAAUGAUAGCUGGAGCUUGGAUAGUCUACUUAAUAUCGUUAGCAAUGUAUUCGCGAGUGUUCAAUUCCUUCAAACCGGUUAUGUUUUCAAUGGCAGCAUUCCCUGUUAUGUUACGGCACAUGUCGGCUUCAAGUCAGAAGGACGAUCCACCCAUGUGGCUCUGCAUUUGCUUUGGUUUUGCAUUUUAUUUGGCAAUAGCAGGCAUUUAUCAAUGCAUUCAUGAUGUCGUCUCCCAUUUUAUUACAUCAGUACAAAUUAUCCAGUGGAUGUACAGAAUGUAUGGGUUGACUGUCACAGUGGUAUUUCACUGGCGCAGAGUGAAAGUUCCAUUCUGCAUGAUGACUCUAUGGGGGAUAUUAUUUCUGUACAACAGUUUGAGUUUUUUGCUGUUCUCCAGUGAAUCAGUGACAAUUUUGCAGCUGUUUAAUUUAACAAUGGCCUUAACUUGCAAUUCUGUCCUCUCAAUGACAUCAUGUUGUUUCAUAAUUUACAAGCUGUCUGGGUACAUACUGAAUAUAGUGAAACGCUACCAUCAUGAGGACAACAUAGCACCGCCUGGUGAUCCAUACAGUUCUCCAGAUGGUCUGAGAGAAGGUUUUGGAUUCUUCUUCCUCGGCCUUUACACUGGACUUUCAAGUUCAAAGAUAAGUAGAAAGCUUGUGCUCUUGGAACUGAUUUUUUAUCUAAUCAUUUCAGCCUUGGCAAGAUCAAUGUUUGAAAUAACUGAGCCAGUUCUCUUGGGACUUGCAUCACAGCCAAGCAUCAUCUACCGCAAACACUUACGAGUUUUGUCAUUCUGUGUUUCCCUCCUGGGAGCAUCUAUUUAUCUGGCAGUAAAUUUGUACUUCUUAAAAGAAAAAAUUCCUUUUAUUACUCCAAAUGUUAUUACCAUCGCUCAGAUAAUUGCUGCACUUGUAUUGUAUUUUUUGUAUGUUUAUGAGUCACGUCAAACUCAAAUAUGGGAAGAACUGGAUGACUAUGUGUACUUCAUCAAUGGCUCCUGCAAAGUUUUUGAGUUUGUGGUCAUCUCAGCCGUUCUCUUCUACAGAGUUUGUGACUUCAGUUUAGAGUGGACGCUGUUUCAGAUCGUUAUGGCAGUGCUGCAUCUUUACUUUAAUAUCUGGACUCCAGCAAAGGAAGGUUGGCUAAGUUUAAAACAGCGUCAUCAGGUGAACCAAAAACUGAACUCAUUGCCAUCAGCAACAGAGAAGGAAAUUGAUGAACUUGAAGAUGUUUGUUCUAUCUGCUUGGAGGAGUUGAAAGCUGCAAAAGUAACCCCUUGUAGACAUUAUUUUCACAGUUUAUGCCUUCGAAAAUGGUUGAAUGUCCAAGACAAAUGCCCUAUGUGCCAUACAGCUUUGCUAUCACUUUGAAAGUAGACACAUUCUCCCUGUACUUGUUUUCAAACAAGGCACAUUUCACAGCAAGUCUCUCAUUUCAUCCUAUACCCAGUUGUUGCUACAGUCUGAAUCUCUCACUGCUUUUAAGCGCGCUAUUCGUAAUAUUACUGUGUAGAUGAGACUAAAGACAAUGAUAUAUAUGCAUGUGCGUAGUAAUUUUAUAAAUUUUUUUCUUAUUUAUAUAUUUUGCUGUAUUUCUUAAAUGUUAAUUAUACUCGGAGAUACUAGCUCUCUUGAGCUAUUCUAAAUCCGAGUUUAAAUAAAGUUAUAUGUUUGUAUGUA